AUGAAGUUCUCAGAGCAAUUCAAAAAGGGUUACAAGCCUCCCUUCCAGACACAAGCUAGCGCGCCUGGUCUCCAAUCCAAACUCGACCCCCAGCCUGUCAAUGAUGUCACAGCCGACGGAAAACCUUACAAAGCCUCUGGAAAGCUCGAUGGACAGAGCGCCCUCAUCACUGGCGCAGAUAGUGGAAUCGGUCUCAGCACUGCUAUUUUAUUCGCACUUGAGGGCGCGGAUUUGACCCUGACUUACACCGCAAAGGAGAAGCAGGAAGCGGAAGCCGCGGAGCAGGAAAUUAAGAAAAAAACUAACGGAAAAUGUAAAGUUCAGACACUCGAGUUCGACCUCAGCAAAGAAGAACAAUGUAUUGUCCUUAUUGAGAAGCACCUUGCUUUUCACGGAAAGCUCGAUGCCAUCGUUCUGAAUCACGGAACUCAAAAUGCCAAUACUUAUCUACCCACAUUGCCCACCGAACAGUGGCAUAACACCUUUGAUACGAACAUCCAUUCAUUCUUCUACAUUUGCAAGGCUGCCAUUCCGCAUUUGCCGCCUGGUGCGACUAUCAACUUCAACGCCAGCAUCAACAUGGCCGUUGGCCACCCCGAAUUAAUUGAUUACACCGCGACCAAGGGUGCUAUGAUCGGCUUUAUGCGCGCUCUGAGCAACCAACUUGUUGGCGACAAAGGCAUUAGGUGCAACGCAGUGGCACCUGGGCCAAUCUGGACACCACUCAUACCUGCAACAAUGUCUGAGGAUUCCAUUGAGAAGUUCGGCACAAGCGUGCCGAUGGGGCGCGCCGGGCAACCCAUCGAGAUUGCGACGGCGUUUGUGUAUCUCGCGUCUCCAGAUUCUAGCUAUAUCAGUGGGCAGGUCAUUCACAUCAAUGGGGGUGUGGUUAUUGAGUAA